GUCUCUAAAAUGUUUACAUUAAAAAUGUAAUUUCAUGAUCAAUUGAUUAUCAAACCUUGUUAAAUUUAUUUCAAGUCUUUAUCAAAUGCUACUACAUGGAUUUAUCUUUACAAAAUGUAAUUAAUUUUGAAAAAUUAAUCUCAUCGUAUGUUUACGAAUUCCAAAGGCUUUUGUUUUCUUUGUAAAAAAGCGCGAAAAUAUUUGAAAGUUAAUCGAAAAAAGAUUUUUUACCGAUUAGUGGAAGUGUGCGAUAUUGUUUAUGAGAUAUGCGAAAAUAAGCUACAUUAGGAUGCCUGCAAAAAUUAACGUCAAUAUUGUUCAACUUUAAUCUUGCUGUUAUAAAAAUAUUUUCCAACUACAUUUUUUGAGAGAACCCUGUGAUUUUUCUCAUCAACUAGAUAGCUUAUCGGCAACGUUACAAGACAAAUAAUCUUUGUCAGUCAAAAGAAAAAAAAUGGCAACUUUCAACACAGUGAAACAACAAAGAUUAUUCUGAGACUGUACGAAACAACUUUAAAUUUAUAAAGCAACUUAGUUAAAUUUUAUAUAUAUGUAUAUAAGUAUAUAACUUGAUAUCAGCAUGUUCGUAUUAUUGUGAUCAUGAUGGCAAAGGAACUCAUCUCCUUAAAAGCAGUUUCAUAUAAACAACCUAUAAACACAAAGUUCAACCCUAAACCAAAGUUUGCAACUUCUUAUGCAUCUUGUAAAAAUUCAUUGUUAGUUCCUUCGUUGGACAAAAGUUUUCGUGAAGAAGGAUUAACUAAAAAUAUAUUCAGUUCAUCUUACAAUGAAGCUCGCAAUUUAUUUGUUCGAAAUACAAACAAUCAAGCUCAAGAAAGUGAGCGACCACGAUCUAGAACUUGGACGCAGGGACAAACUGAUUUAGAAAAGAGUCGCGGAUCAAAUUUAUCGUCGACACACUAUUUAAAUUCUACCAAUUUAUCUGAAAUAAUCAGGCCGUUCAAGUCAAAGUUUGACCAAAAGUUGAAAUCUCACCGCAAGCUAAACGAAAUUGUUGGUAAAAUUUUAAAAAAGAACUUAGACCAUUGGCAUUACGAUCCGGAUCAAUCAAGAAAACGUUGCACAACCUUAAGUGAAAUUAUCGAGACAACAAUAAAAACGACUCUAAAUGUUCGUCAAAAUGAAUACAAAGUUAUUGUUAUUAUUUUUAUAAGUGCUGUUCGCGGAGACGGAAUGAAACACGCAAGUAAAUGUUGUUGGGAUUCUGAUACCGAUUUAUUUGUUACAGAGGCUUUUCGUCGAGAAGACCUUAUAGCUGUCGCUAAUGUAUUUGCAACGUUAAACGAUAAAUGGAAUAGCCGGUUCAUUUCUUGACAAAGUCAAUAUUUAAAGUUUUGUUAUUAUAGCGAAAAAAUAGUAACAUAUUUGUAAA